UGGCAAACUGCGUCUGACAGUCGAUCGAACUGUUCCCUUUUCUUCUUUCUUUCUCCUCCCAAGAUUCUUUGCAAGGAGAAAAAGAAUUACAUAUCCGCAAUGCCUGCCUACAAUAUUGUUGUCUUUGGAGGAGACUGCUGCGGCCCGGAGGUGACUGCGGAGGCUCUCAAGGUUCUCCGAGUCGUUGAGAAAUGCCGUGAUGAUCUUACUUUCAACUUCCAGGACCAUUUACUAGGUGGUGCCUCGAUUGAUGCCACAGGGUCGCCGUUGACCGACGAAGCUCUCGAUGCCGCGAAGAAAGCAGAUGCCGUUAUCCUAGGCGCCAUUGGAGGACCGAAAUGGGGAACAGGCUCUGUUCGUCCCGAACAAGGAAUCCUCAAGCUGCGCAAGGAAAUGGGCACCUUCGGCAAUCUACGACCCUGCAACUUUGCCGCCCCCUCUCUGGUCGAGAGCUCCCCGCUCAAGGCAGAGGUGUGCCGGGGCGUCGACUUCAACAUCAUUCGCGAGUUGACUGGCGGUAUCUACUUUGGUGAUCGCAAGGAGGACGAUGGCUCCGGACAUGCCUUGGAUACGGAACCCUACUCUCGCGCCGAGAUUGAACGCAUUACUCGUCUAGCAGGCCACCUGGCGCUGCAGUAUAACCCUCCCCUUCCCGUAUGGAGCUUGGAUAAGGCCAACGUUCUCGCCACGAGUCGCUUGUGGCGUAAGACGGUCUCCGAGGUGAUGGCUAGAGAGUUCCCCCAGCUCAAGGUUGGCCACCAUCUCAUCGACUCUGCAGCCAUGCUGAUGGUGAAGGACCCAAGAAAGCUUAAUGGUAUCAUCAUCACGAGCAACUUGUUUGGGGACAUCAUCAGUGAUGAGGCUAGCGUCAUCCCUGGUUCUCUGGGACUCUUGCCCAGCGCCAGCUUGAGUGGUAUUCCCGAUGGCAAGGGCACGGUUAGCGGCAUCUAUGAGCCCAUCCACGGAUCCGCUCCCGACAUCGCUGGAAAGGGCAUUGUGAACCCAGUCGCCGCCAUCCUUUCCGUAGCAAUGAUGCUGCAAUACUCAUUCGGACGCUUCGACGAGGCUAAGGCCAUCGAGGCUGCCGUGCGCAAUGUCAUCGAGGCUGGGAUUAAGACCGGCGAUAUCGGCGGCAAAUCUACUACCACUGAAGUCGGUGAUGCAGUGGCUGCUGAGUUAGAGAAACUUUUGAAAUAGUUUCACACGUGACUUGGAACAUUUAUGCUAAAAUUGAAUAAUAGAAAAGUUCUAAUGCCAUCUCAUCUCAACACUGCUCUGUAUGGUGCUAUUCACCUCUUGAUAACCCAGAAUGAAAAGGAAGUGCUACGACGAUGGAAAAUGAAAGGCAUACAUACAUUACAUGUCUGAUAUCUAUGAUCAAUCUAGAAAUGUGAUCGGCUGCCAGUAUUAAUAGUACGUACUAUAGUAAUUAGAAAUUGCCCUACUGUUAUGAGGAUCCAUUCCUAGCAUAGAAAUUGAAUAAGAACAACUGG